AUGGGUAGCUUCACACCCAAGCAGUCUCUGACUGUGCUCGACAAUCGCACUGGAAAUGUGAGUGCACAAUGUCUCGGCCCUUGCUUCCCCUGGCAGGUGCAGCCAAGAGGCUCCUCGCGGCGCAUCACCAAGCGUUUGCUGGACUCUGGUGGCUCAUACCGAAUCAAUCUCACACCGGCGCUGAUCAUCUUCAACGCCGCUCGCUCAGUCUUACGAAGUGCCAAUCAAGAACAAUGCCAUUCAAGCCACAGCUUUCACUCAAAUGAAGGCGACGCCUCAGGCAGUGUUUGGGGCUCAAGACAGGCCAGAGGACGAGACAGAGAAGGGCAUUCGGGUGUCGGAUAGCGCAUACGCCAACACUGCGGCCGUCACCAGCAGCAUCACCUUCAUCGAUGGUGGACGAGGCAUCCUGAGGUAUCGCGGAUAUCCCAUCGAGCAGUUGGCGAGAAAGAGUCACUUCUUGGAGAGCGCAUAUCUGCUCAUCUACGGAGAGCUUCCUACCGCACAGCGAUACGAUGCGUGGAGCAACGAAGUGGUGAGUGACAAGGAGAGGCGCAGCUUGCGGAUUGCUCAGGAAGGCAAUCGCGCCACUUAGAAGGGAGCGAUAUCGAUGAUACGUCUGGCAUCCUGACGGUCUCCACGUGCGUCGUCAUGCCUUCAGCUGCACCACACCUACCUGCAUCAUGAUGUGGUGAGUGAGAGGAUGGCUUGGAGACGCGUCAAGCAUCGUUGCUCAUCUUGUUCGCGCGCAUUUUCCAGGAGCACGUCAUGAGCAGCUUCCGCUACGACUCCCAUCCGAUGGCCAUGCUCAUCAGCGGUGAGGCGAGCCUGUUCCUGUAUCUGGCCAGAUCAGCGCACACUCAUGCGCGCGUCGCCCCUGUCGACAGGUUUUGCGGCGCUUGGCGCUUUCGCACCCGAGGCGAACCCUUCUUUGCAGGGUCAAAAUUUGUACUCGAGUGCUGCCAAGGGCAACGUGGAUGCCUUGGCUCAAGUGAGUACGUCGACGAGUGCACGCCUGAGGAGUCCAGUCUCACAAAACGACUCCUCCUCACCAUGACUAGAUGGACAAGCAGAUCAUGCGCCUGAUUGGAAAGGCGCCUACGCUCGCCGCGGCCACGUACCGCAACCGUCAAGGCAGACCCUUCAACCGCCCUCCCACCGGGCUGUCCUACUCUGGAACCUUCUUGUACUGUCUGGACCAACUGAGCGAACACCAGUACAAGCCCAAUGCCGUGCUGGAGAGAGCGCUCGACAUUCUCUUCCUGCUCCACGCAGAUCACGAGAUGAAUUGCAGCACCGCUACGAUGGUCCAUGUCGGCAGCAGUCUUGUCGAUCCUUACUCCGCUGUCGCCGCUUCUUGUGCCGCUCUGUACGGACCUCUGCAUGGUGGUGCCUCCGAAGCCGUUGUACGUCAGCUCAUAGAUAUCAAUGGGCCGGGUGAGUUUCUUAGCAGAUGAGCAACGCAUGGCCUGGGGCGCCCACCUCACCGAGACAUGUCUUCUCGUCUUGCUGCGCAGAGAACGUACCCAAGUUCAUCGAGCAAGUCAAACGCAAGGAACGCAACUUGGCGGGCUUCGGUCAUCGCGUCUAUCGCACUACCGAUCCUCGAUCGACCAUCAUCAGAGAAGUUGCUGAGCAAGUCUUCUCGGUCACGGGCCGUUCCAAGCUGCUCGACACUGCAUUGGCUUUGAGAGACGCUGCGGAGAAGGAUGACUACUUCAAAUCGCGCAACCUUCACGCCAACGUCGACUUCUUCUCGGGCAUCAUUUACCAGCAGGUGAGCUGCAGUGCCAUCAAGCGUCCGUGACACCGCAUCACUGUGCUCAACAGCCAGAAUCUGCUUCCCUUUCCCAGAUGGGCUUCCCGCUCGAUUUCUAUCCUGUCCUCUUCGCAGUUCCGCGAGUGGUGGGUUGGCUUGCGCACUGGCGUCAAGCCAUGCUCUCACCAAGCCAAAGAAUUUGGCGCCCCAAGCAGAUCUACAUCGGAGCGAGCGAGCGCGACUAUGUGGACGUGAAGCAACGUGAAGAGGCGAGGGAGCCCAAGUAUGGAAGCGGACCCGUCUCUGUUGCGCACGGCGGCGACUCAAAGAGGCGUCAUUUGGCCACUUACCUCGAUGAGACUGGCAAGCUCCACGCUCGCAGCAAGUUGUAA